UCCAGCAGCGGAGGCAUGGCGGUGUCCGAGGCCUCCGUGUGUUUCUCAGUGUCGCAGACGGACUCGUUUUCAGCACAGGUGGACUCCAUCCUGAGGGGGGACUUCCUGCCUCUGGGGGCCCCGGGGCCUCGGAGGCUUUGUCUGGUCUGUGGAGACCGAGCCUCCGGGUUCCACUACGGCGUCGCAUCCUGUGAAGCCUGCAAGGCCUUCUUCAAGAGGAGCGUGCAAGGUAACAUUGAGUACAGCUGCCCGGUGGCGAGCGAGUGUGAGAUCACGAAGCGCCGCAGGAAGGCGUGUCAGGCGUGCCGCUUCCAGAAGUGUCUGCAGGCCGGCAUGAUGAGGGAGGGUGUUCGUAUGGACAGAGUGAGAGGAGGGCGUCAGAAAUACAAAAGACCGACGGAGAGCGGAGUCACUUUUUACUGCAAAACCCCCAUCAGCCCCCCUGCCAGCUGCCGAAAUAAGGUGAUUUCCCACCUGCUGCUGACAGAACCCGCUCCCCUGUCCGCCACUCAGGACGAGUCGACCAAUGAGAGCAGCCUGAGCACCGUGCUGACCCUCUGUGACCUCCUAAACCGCCAGCUGCUGCUCCUGAUUAGCUGGGCCAAACAGAUCCCAGGUUUCGCCGCGCUCUCAUUGGUCGACCAGAUGCUGCUGCUGCAGAGCGGUUGGAUGGAGGCGCUGCUGGUGGGCGUGGCCUGGCGGUCGCAGGGGGAGGAGCUUGUGUUCGCCGAGAACCUGCGAUUGGACGAGGCUCAGUGUCGAGCCGCGGGAUUGGCCGAUCUCUACGAGGCGCUGCGACACUUGAGCGCCAAAUAUCAGGCGAUGAAUAUGAGCCCUGAGGAGGCGGUGAUGCUGAAGGCCAUGGCCCUCGCUAACACUGACGCGGACCCUCUGGACCCUUCCUCGCUGCAGCGGCUGCAGGACGGCCUGCAGGGGGCACUGCAGGAGCUCCAGGCCUCCAAGGGGGGGGGGCACCGGGGGGGCCGGCUGCUGAUGAGCCUCCCCCUCCUCAGACAGACCGCUGACCGGGCCGUGAGGAAUCUGCUGAGGAUACACCGGGAGCAAAGAGUACCGCUACACAGACUGCUGCUGGAGAUGAUGCUGUAG